AUGGGUCUUUUCUCGAUUCUGCCUGAGAGCUUCGCGGUGGUGGAGACGUGGAUUACGCGCAUAUUCCUUUUCCUCGGCCUUAUAGCCAUUGCCCCGUGGGCCGUGCUGCUCGUCUACGACAUACUCUUAUACGUCUUCCGCGCCGGUGCGCACGAGAUACCCGUCGUGGGCGGACGCGCCCGGGGAAAGUCUAGGCCCCGUGCUCCCAGUCUUACAGAACGGCCAAGCGGUCGCCGUCGCAAGUUUAGUUUCCGUGGCUUCGAGAAACCGGUGCUGAAUACAGGGGGUACAAAUACCGACUCGCACGACGCUCGAUCCCGUCGCAUAACAGAGGAGACAACAGAGGAUUCGUCGUCAUAG